AUGUGCCUUGUAUUUAUCGGGGCCCAAAUCGCACUGGCAUCUGAAAGCCACCAGAUUGAAGGGGAGUCCGACCUAAGCAGGACCAUCCGCGUGCUAUCCCACGAGAACACAGGCAUGUCUGUAGAAAACAUUGAAUUUCGCAUAUCUGAAGACGGCCUCCUCCAUGCAAAAAAUCCUGCUCUACAAUCUAUAAGCAUAACGCUAGAAAACUACGCGGCUCUAGAACCGUCUGUGAAAAGCUUUGACGCGUGCAUUGUAUACAAAAACAUAAAAAUACAAGGGCGAAACGGUCCUUUGGGGUAUGCAGAAAAAAAGGCGCAAAUGCUGCUUUUUAUGCGUUUUUUGGACGCGUUUCAAGACAUUAAGGCAGACGAGAUCUGCGUGCAGGACCUUGUGUUCAAAGAAGAGCAUCCGCCUGUCCCCGAGAGGCUGCCUGCUAGAAGGCCUGUGCCUGCCGUGUACUCUGCCAGCGUCAGAAAAAUUGUGUUUGUAAACGUAAGCAGUUCUGUGUUUGUUGGAAUGCUUAAGAAGUACACGUUUGGCGCGCCGGUUGAGCUUGAGUUUAGAAACUGCCGGGAGGCCACAUGGGACAGCCUGGCCAAACUGCCAAAGUCGAUCCGGUACGCAAGGAUAUCGAUAGACAGUAUAGGCAGCACAAAACACAUAAGCUCGGAAAAGCGAAAAAAACUGCAGAGAAUAAUGCCUGUUGUAGAAAUCUCCUCCAGCUUCGAGCCGGAUCAGUGCCCUCCAGAGGAAAGUUCGCUUUCUUGUGCGCCCCUGCGGCCAGCUCCAGAGGAAGCCUGUGCGCCUUCGCAUAUAAAUAAGCAGGAGAUUCCUGCAGCUGCGCCUCCGCGCGCCCUUCCGAGCAUAAAAGGCGUUUCCAUAAGAACAUACGCAGAAGCCAGCGCAGAAAGAAAAAAAGAGCUCUCUACGCAAGGAGACGUGCUGGUUUUGCUGGUAAACGAUCCGAGCGACCUGCGUAUCGAGGGCCCCGAGCAUCUUGGACUUGUGAGGAGCAUGCGCGCGCCUUUCUCCUCAGGCUCCCUGAAAUCCCAAAUCGAGGCCCUUUUCGACCCUAUAGGUAUCGGCUUCCACACCAGGCACUUUGCCCGCGACGACCGCCCCGAAAACUUUCGGGUAAACAUCCGGUUUGCACGCCCGCAAAGCUUCUCUUUGGACCUGCUAAAAGAAACCCUGAAGUGGGCGGUUGCCCAGGUAGGAAAUGUCAGUGACCUUACAGUGUCGAACCUUAGCAUUUCCGGGAGCGACCUGGUAAUUCUCGGCUCAAUUAAAGCGUGCGUGGAGGAUCUGAGCUUCUUGAACCAUUUCUGCCUGCAGAGCUCAAACAGAGAAAACGCGAUUCUUGUGCUGAAAAACGCUGAUUAUGCAGAAAGCACGAUCCCCGAGCAAAUCGAGCUGAACCCGCAAAGCAUGGAUGCAGUAGGGCUUCCUUUGUCUCUGUACUUGAGGAAUGGAUUUGUAAAAAAAGGCUGCAGAGACCCGCAGGCUGUGCUUCGGGUUGAGUAUCCAGGCGAAGAAAGUGCAGAAGCUCUGACUGUCUGCAUGACCUGCAUUAUAAAUGUGUUUGCUUACAAGGCGAGCGGCCCUCCCCCCACAAGCACAAGGGAAACUGUGUCUGUGCAGGAGCUUGAAAACAUGUCGUGGGGCGAGUUCUGUGCGCACCCGAACAAAGACGCAAUUGCAGCGCACUUAGUAGAUGCGUGCACUGCCUCAAACAGCCCAGACGUCACAGAGGAAAACUUUGAGUGUCUUCGGACGGGCCUUUGCGAGAAGCCCAUUUUUAUUAUGCCAGAAUGCAAGCACACCAUUUGCAUGAACUGUUUGUCUUCGGGCCAGACCUCCCUCUGCAUCUUUGACCCGGAUCUUAUUCAGCAGGCCCAUGUGCAGUCUAUAAAGUGCCCGCUGUGCCGAAAGAUCAGCCUGGUUACAUGGAAGAUUCAGUAUCCUAUAUAUGCAGAAAAACGGGACUUUUUAAACAGAGACAUGCUUUACACACUGGAGGGCGCGAACACGCCCCGGGCCAAUGGAGCGGCGCCUGUUGAGUGCGCCUUCUAUCUCUGCAAGAUGUUUGAGAAGGAAGAGUACUACACCCACGCCCUCCCAUACCUCACCAAGCAGGCAGUUUUCAUUGGAACGCGGCGCACAUUUUCUCUUUUCUCGUAA